CUCUCGAAUCCACAGACUUUAAUGUUUAGGGCUUUUCUUUCUUCAAAGCGUUUCAUCUCCCUCCAAAAUCCACUCGUGUUCCCCUACUUCUUUUAGGGUUAGGGUUUCUUUGAUCUCCUCUUUCCCUCUGCAUGAUAUCCAUUCGUCUUCUCCAUCCAUAGAUCUUCGAUCUGUACUGGAAAAGAUGCCGUUGUUCUUGUCCGACGAAGAGUACGCUCGCUGCUCCCACGACCCUUCUUUGAUUGCGCAGAAAGCCGACGCCUAUAUCAGAGAACUCUACAAUCAACUCGAGACUGAAAAAGCUCAAUACGAUGCUUCCUCCAUAACCGCCGAACAGACUUGUUCGAUUCUCGAGCAAAAAUAUGUAUCUCUGAAAUCUGAAUUUACUACGCUUCAAUCGCAACACUCGCAGCUCAAUUCUACUCUUGAAGAACGCGUCUCUGAGCUCGCUCAGCUUCAAGCGGAUAAGCAUCAAAUCUAUCUCCAAUCUAUUGGCAAGGAUGGCGAGAUUGAAAGACUGUCAUUAGAAGCUUCAGAGCUUCAAAAAUCCAAAAGUCAGUUGCUGCAAAUGAUUGAACAUAAGGAUCUAGAGAUCAAUGAGAAGAACAGCAGCAUCAAGGGGUAUCUUGACAAGAUUGUUUCUUUGACUGACAAUACUUCCUCUAAAGAAUCACGCACCAGGGAACUUGAGGCUGAGCUGGCACGUGCUCACACUUCUUUAGCUCGUUUAACUCAAGAGAAAGAAUUAGUCGAAAGGCAUAAUGUUUGGCUUAAUGAUGAGUUGACCACUAAAAUCAACAAUCUCUUGGAGCUCAGAAAGACACAUAAUGAACUAGAGGCAGACAUGUCUUCUAAACUUGCAGAGUUGGAGAGAAACUACAGUGACACCUGUAGUUCAUUGAAAUGGAAAGAUGACAGAGUAAAGGAGCUGGAAUCAAAGCUAGAAGCUUUACAAGAAGAAUUAUGUUUGUCUAAAGAUACAGCUGCGAGUACUGAGGAAAGAUUGUCUGCUGAGCUGUCAACUGUUAACAAGCUUGUUGAACUUUACAAGGAGAAUUCAGAUGAAUGGUCUAAAAAGGCAGGAGAGCUUGAAGGUGUUAUCAAAGCUUUAGAGACACAUGCAAAUCAGGUUGAAAAGGAUUACAAAGAAAAACUCGAAAAGGAAACAUCUGCUAGAAAAGAGUUUGAAACUGAAGUUUCAAAUUUAAAAGCAAAACUCGAGAAGUUAGAAGCAGAAUUGGAAAGUUCCAGAAACUCAGAUCAGUUUAAUCUUCUUCAAAUGACCACAUUCAACCCGAAUUCAUAUAAAGACUCUAUGGAUAAUGACAAUAAUCUAAUGAUUGUUCCCAGUAUUCCAGCUGGCAUUUCAGGGACAGCAUUAGCUGCUUCUCUUCUUCGUGAUGGUUGGAGUUUAGUUAAAAUGUAUGAGAAAUACCAAGAAGCUGUUGAUGCUUUGAGACAUGAACAAUUGGGAAGAAAACAGGCAGAAUCGAUACUAAAAAGAGUAUUGCAUGAAAUCGAAGAGAAAGCUGAGGUCAUAUUAGAUGAAAGAGCUGAACACGAAAGAAUGGUGGAAGCAUAUGAUAUGUUAAAUGAAAAACUACAGCAUUCUCUUUCUGAACAAACUUUUCUUGAGAGAACACUACAGGAGCUGAAGGCUGAAAUAAGAAGACAUGAACGUGACUACAAUUUAGCUCAAAAGGAGAACAAAGACCUUCAGAGAGAGGUGACUGUUUUGCUAAAGGAAUGUCGUGACAUACAGCUUCGUUGUGGCUCUGUUAAUUACGAUUCUGCCUAUGAAGACACGAGUCAACUCAUUGACCAAGAUGGUGAUUCUGUUUUGUCUGAGCGGUUGUUGACUUUCAAGGAUAUAAAUGGAUUAGUUGAGCAGAAUGUACAGCUUCGGGGGCUAGUUCGUCUUUUGACUGAACAGAUUGAGAGUAAAGAAAUGGAGUUAAAGGAGCAAUUCGAGAAGGAGUUUCAAAAACAUAAUAAAGAAACAGCUUCUAAAGUUGAUGCGGUUUUAGCUAGAGCAGAAGAACAAGCAGGAAUGAUUGAGUCACUUCAUACUUCUGUUGCUAUGUAUAAAAAGCUAUAUGAAGAAGAACAUAAACGCCAUCUUUUACCCCUGGAAUCUCCAGAUACAACACACAUGGAGAGAAGGAGCAAUGUUACUCUCUUUCUAGAAGGUUCUAAUGAUGCUUCAAAAAGAGCACAAGAUCGAGCUUACGAGAGAAUUAAGGUUCUUGAAGAAGAGCUCUCUGGGUUAAGAGGAGAGAUCAUUACUUUGAAAUCACAACGUGACAAGUCAACUUUAGAAGCAACUUUUGCACAUGAGAAACUCGAAAGAUUUAUGAAAGAUUUUGAGCAUCAGAGGGAAGAAACAAAUGGGGUUAGAGCAAGAAAUGUUGAGUUCUCACAGCUGAUAAUCGAUUACCAAAGAAAGAUUCGUGAAGCUUCUGAGUCUUUGCAUACUGCUGAAGAUUUAUCCCGAAAACUAAACAUGGAGGUUUCUGUUGUGAAGCGUGAGAAAGAAAUUUUAAUUAACUCUGAAAAGAGAGCAUUUGAAGAAGUUCGUCAACUUUCUGAGAGAGUUCAUCAGUUGCAGGCUACUUUGAAUACUGUUCAAACUACUGAAGAAGUGAAAGAAGAAGCGAGAAGUGCUGAACGUAUGCGUGAGGGCGAUUAUGUCAAACGUACAGAAAGAGAAUGGGCAGAUGCUAAAAAGGAGCUUCAAGAAGAACGUGAUAAUGUCCGAAAGCUCACACUUGAACAUGGUUCAGCCAUGAGAACAGCUAUGCAAAGAAUUGAAGAAAUGGGGAAAGAAUUGGCAAACGCGUUACAUGCUGUUGCAGAUGCUAAUGCUAAAGCAGCUGCUGCAGAGGAACGCCUCUUGAAAUUUGAGAAAACAAAGAGUUCUGAAGCAAAUGACGAGAACGCCCCUACCCAGGAAGACGAGAUGCGGGUUCUUAAGGAAGAGAUUGAGAAGUUAAGAGUAGAAGCAAAAACCAACAAAGAUCAUAUGCUGCAGUAUAAGAGUAUAGCACAGGUGAAUGAGGCUGCGUUGAAACAGAUGGAAGCUUCACAUGAGAAUUUCAAAGGUGAAGCUGAAAAGGUGAAGAAAUCAUUAGAAGAAGAAAUUUUAUCACUUAAAGAGGAGGUGAAUCGGCUUCAAGAAGGGUAUAAUUUGAAAGCAAAAGAAGCAGCUUCUGCUUCUGUUUCACAAGAAGAAGCUCUUGUGAACACGUUGUCAGAGAUUUCCAAAUUGAGAGACGAAUGUACUGCUAAAAACCUGUGUAUCGAGUCCUUAGAGUCACAAGUGUCAGCCAUGAAAGGUGAUUUGGAAAAAGAGCAUCAAAAAUGGCGUACUUCUCAAGAUAAUUAUGAACGCCAGGUCAUACUUCAGUCUGAAACAAUUCAGGAGUUAACAAAAACAUCACAAGCAUUGGGUUCCUUACAACAAGAAGCAUCUGAGCUCCGUAAGGUUUCAGACAUUCUCAAAAUUGAAAACGAAGAGCUGAAAAGCAAGUGGGAGACAGAAAAGAAGGUUCUGGAAGAUUCCAAAGAUAGAGCCGAAAAGAAGUAUAAUGAAAUCAACGAACAGAACAAGAUUUUACAUGAUCAGCUCGAGGCCUUACACAUUAAGGGAGCAGAAAAGAGUCUUGGUGGUGCUCAAUCCUCUGAUACUUUUGAUGAUGCGGGAUUACAGAAUGUGGUGAAGUAUUUGAGGCGAUCGAAAGAGAUUGCUGAAACUGAAAUCUCUUUGUUGAAACAGGAAAAGCUUCGGUUACAAUCACAGCUUGAAAGUGCUUUGAAGUCUCAAGAAACAGCUCAAAAUUUGCUUCGUGCUGAGAGGGAGAAUUCUAGAUCAGUUCAUUUCACAGAGGAGGAGUUCAAGGCGUUGCAGCUUCAGGUUAGAGAAAUGAAUUUGCUUCGUGAAAGUAACGUGCAGCUUCGAGAAGAAAACAAACAUAACUUUGAGGAAUGUCUCAAGUUACGUCAAUCUACUCAUACUGUGAGGGCUGAAGUUGAAAAUUUGGAGAGUUUGCUUGGUGAGAGGGUGAAUGAGGUGGAGGCUUGUAAGAGGGAGAUAGAGAUGCUUAAGAAGGAGAAAAACGAGUUGCAGAUUAAAGUGAAUGAGUUUGUUGAAAAGUUCAGAGAUAUGGAUCCUGAAGAAUAUGGUCGGAUGUGUGCGGAUUUGCAGGAUUUGAAGGUAAAAGUGUUGGAGAAAGAUGGGAACUUGGAGGAGGUUAAGAAAGUUGUUUUGGAGAAACAGGAGGUGAUACUGAGAUUGGAACAGGAGAUUGGUAAGAGUAAAGUGGAAUUAGAUGAACGGGAAUCGAGGUUAAACAGCAUUGGUGAAACGGAGACGUUUUUGAAAGCAGAAGUUGAGAGGCUGAAGAAAAAUUAUUUUCUCAUGAGACGUAGAAAUGACAUUGUUGUGAAGGAGAAGGAGGAGUUAUUAAAGAAGAAUCAAGAACUUUCUAAAGAUUUAGCUGCUGAUUCGAGCCAAGUGAAAAAGAGUAAUGUGGAUAGCAGUUCAGUUGAACAAGCAGCCAUGACUAGGGAAAGAGAAGAGAAAGAUACGAGAAUUCAGAUGCUUGAGAAGACUGUUGAGAAGUUAAGAGAGGAGUCAAGGGAGAGAGAAGAGAAAGAUAAACGUAUACAGAUGUUGGAGAAAGUUAUUGAAAGGCUUAGAGAAGACGUGAGGAAAGGAAAAGACGAAGUUAGAAUCGAGAAAGAGAAAGCAAAGAAUCAAAAGAGUGACAAGGGAAUUGUUGAUUCAUCAAAGCUGGCAGAUGACUUGGAGAAACAUAAACAGGCCUUAAAGACCCUUUCGGAGGAAAUCGAAAAGAUGAAUUCCGGCGACUCCAUUGAUGAACUCGCUGCAGCUUGUCUUCUUGCUGUUGAAAACUUUGAACAAGUUGCCAAUCAAGUCUCUGGUGAGUUUGGACUUCCGGUCACCACCACCACCGAGUCACCGCCAGCCGACUCCGGCGCACCACCACCAGCUGUCCCUCCACCUCAAAACACAAUAGAAGAAAGUGCAAAACCAGCAUCAACUGAUAAAGCAAGAGUGGAACCACGUAAAAUUGCGCGAAGGCUAGUUCGGCCUCGUAUCGUAAAGCCUGAUCAAGCGAAGUCAAAGGGCGAUGUUGACAUGUCAGAUUCUGUUGCAACCAACUCACAACAGUCGUUGUCUGUACGCAAACGUCCUUCAGAGGGACAAGAGGGAUCACAAUCAAAUGCGCGUGAGAGCACCGGUUCCGAUGUGGCAGCACCAAUUGUCAAGAAAUCCAGAGGCUCAGAACCACCACCCGAGGCUCAAAACAUGACAGAUGCUCCCGAAAGUGUAAUACCCGAAGAGGCUCCUCCGGUCAAUGUUGUAGACGAAAGUCAAACUUUGAAAGAAGAUAUGGAUACAGGAAGGGAAGAGGAGGUUGAGACUGGUGAAGAACAGGGUGUUGAAGAUCUUCAAACGGAAUCACAGAAUGAAAUUGGUGAGGCGGAAGUUUCCGAGGAUCAACCAAAGGUGGUUAUGGUUAUGGAGGGUGAGGUUGCAGCAGGUGAAGUGGGAAGUGAGCCUGAAGAAGGUGAAAUGGUGUCGGAUGCUGUUGUCAGUAACCAAGAAACUGGGGAAGGUCAGUUGGUUGAGCGUGGGAGGAGGUCGGCUUCACCUAUGCCGGUUGAAGAUGACGUGGCAGGAGAGGAUACGCUUGGGGUGAUGGAGAUGGGUUCUCCAUUGUUGACAAUGGAGGACACUGAAGAUAAGAAUGAGGAAGGUGAAAUAGAAGUGGAGGAAACUACCCCCGAGAGUUCAAUGGAUAAUAAGGUGAAUAACGAUGGGAAUGAUGAAGAGGCUGCUGUUAUUGAUCAUGUUGAGAAAUCAACAACUUCUUCUGCUGUGACUACUGUGACUGUGACUACUGAAACUGGAGGGUCAACAACAGAAGUGAAACCAGAAGAGUCAGCAGCUGCUGCUGGUACUGGUACCGCUGACACAAGUAAUUCGACAACAAUUAAUUUGAAUGAGAGAGCAAGGCUGAGGUCUUUACAGAGACUGGCGGGAACAAAUACGUCGCCUCCUCCUCCUGCUGCCGCCAGGGGUCGUGGACGGCCGGUCCCACGUGGACGGAGUGUUCGUGGUGGACGCGCUGCUGGCCGUGGUGGUUCUGGUCAAAACCCUGGUUCUCAAGGAGGAAUGUGAUGCCAAAUGCAACCAAGAAAGCACUAUCACCUGUUGUUGACAUGAAUCAUGUUUUCCAUUGUCAGAAGGGUUGGGAUAUGAAGUAAAAAGGGAGCAGGUAGCUGAUGUAAGUAGUUAAUUUGAAGAUUCGUGGAGCUGGUGGAUAGAGCAGAGGGAUUUGUUUUUGAAUGAUGGCUGAUUGUGGAGUUUGAGUUAAAAUUUUGUUUGAAUGUAUGGAGUUUUGCGACUGGGAUGAAAUACUUGGGUGGAUGGCUUAUUUUUUUGCAAGGGUUUGGGAGCUGAAUGAAGUAUAUUAAAUUAGCUACACGUUUAAAUGAUUUUCUUCUAAAAACGUGAAUAUUUUUAAUUUCGCAGUUUCCUUAGUUAAAUUGCAUUUCAAAACCUUAGACUUAUUGCUUAUCAGAUGAGUCAG